AUGGUUUUUGGAAGAUUGAUAAUUGGAGCAAGCUUUUUGGUGUUUUGGGUAAUUGCUGAAGAAUAUUUAAAUGUUAUGGAAGCAAUGAUCAAAUUGGAAGAUUAUGAUGUAGCGGUAAUGAACAAUACUGAUGAAAAUUUAGUGAGAGAUAUUUAUUGGGAAAAUAAAGGAUUUUAUAAUGCGAGUUAUGAAAAAACGAAAAAUCAAGGGAAAAUUGAGGAAAAAGUUAUGUAUAUUGAUGGCAAAAAAUUUGAAAAAACUUUGCCUCAGAAAUAUAAGAAGGCGGAGAUUGAUUUUCAAAAUGAGAGGAGUGAAGAUGAGAUGGUAAAAGUAGAGGAUAAGGCAAAAGAUCAGGAAAAUCUGCUGCUAGAGAAGAUCUUGAGCACACUUAAUGAAAUUGAAGUGAAAUUCAAAAAAUAA